UAAAAAUACACGACCAUGGCUACGCCUCCACUGCACGUUUCAGCCAAUAGCGUCGAGACUCUUUUAAAGGUGUCAAGGGGCACGCGGUGGAGUCUCACUUCCUGGUUGAAGAUGGCGGAUGAGAAUGAGACAGCACCGAUGCCGGAGAAAGAAGAUGUAGAGGAUCACGCACACUGCAGCGACUGUGAAAAUGAAGAGCACCACUUUGACGAUGGUGAGAGGGGUCUUGGGGACGACACUGGCGCCAAGAAGAAGAAAAGGAAGCAAAAAAAGAAGAAGAAAUCUGGUGCCACAGAAGCAGCUCAGGACCCCCUUGCCAAGGUGAAUUCGUUGCCAGCUGAUAAGCUACAGGAGAUCCAAAAGGCCAUUGAACUGUUCUCUGUUGGCCAAGGUCCAGCCAAAACCAUGGAGGAGGCCACUCGGAGGAGUUACCAGUUCUGGGACACACAGCCUGUGCCCAAACUAGGGGAGACGGUGACAUCACACGGCUCCAUUGAACCUGACAAAGACAACAUUCGAGAAGAGCCCUACAGCCUCCCGCAGGGCUUCAGCUGGGACACCCUCGACCUAGGGAACCCCGCUGUGCUCAAGGAGCUUUACACCCUUCUCAACGAGAACUAUGUUGAAGAUGAUGAUAACAUGUUCCGAUUUGACUAUUCUCCUGAGUUCCUGCUCUGGGCCCUGCGACCUCCUGGCUGGUUGCCUCAGUGGCACUGUGGAGUGAGGGUUAACUCCAACCAGAAGCUGGUUGGCUUUAUCAGUGCCAUUCCUGCCACCAUCCACAUCUAUGACAUAGAGAAGAAAAUGGUUGAGAUUAAUUUCCUCUGCGUCCACAAGAAGCUUCGCUCCAAACGAGUCGCUCCAGUUCUGAUCAGAGAGAUCACCAGACGGGUCAACCUGCAGGGAAUCUUUCAGGCAGUGUAUACUGCUGGAGUGGUACUACCCAAACCUGUGGGCACAUGCAGGUACUGGCAUCGCUCUUUGAACCCUCGAAAACUAAUUGAAGUGAAGUUUUCCCAUCUGAGCAGGAACAUGACUAUGCAGCGGACCAUGAAGUUGUACCGCUUGCCAGAGGCCCCAAAGACUUCUGGUCUGCGGCCAAUGACCAAGAAGGACGUGCCCGUGGUGCAUCGCCUCCUCCGUGAAUAUCUGAGCCAAUUCAACCUGGUGCCAGUCAUGAAUCAGGAAGAGGUGGAACACUGGUUGCUGCCCCAAGAGAAUAUUAUUGACACUUAUGUGGUGGAGAAUGAUGGCAAAGUGACAGACUUCCUGAGUUUCUACACUCUGCCCUCUACCAUUAUGAAUCAUCCUGUGCACCGCAGUCUAAAAGCGGCAUACUCCUUCUACAAUGUGCACACCACCACCCCCCUGCUCGACCUGAUGUCUGAUGCCCUCAUCUUGGCCAAAUCGAAAGGGUUUGAUGUCUUUAAUGCACUGGAUCUAAUGGAAAACAAGACUUUCUUGGAAAAGCUUAAGUUUGGCAUCGGUGAUGGGAAUCUACAGUAUUACCUGUACAAUUGGAAGUGUCCCAGCAUGGGGCCGGAAAAGGUGGGAUUGGUUUUGCAGUGACAUCCCUUCUAAUGCAGAAAGCAAGUGGCACCAUCAGGUGAGGAGGUGGCACAAUCGCACUGGCCACCUGACAGAUGAACUGAUGACCUCCUACUUUAAGAAUGGAAACCCACCGCCCAUUUUUACUUUUUGACCUUUUGAACUUUGACCUGCACUACCGCUGCCAGGCAGGGAGGCAGGGGGGAGUCUUCAGCUCUUCCCUCCUUCCUCGAUCACAUGGACCUUAAGCCAUUGUAGUUACCAUCCCAAACAACUGUACAUCUGAAAGCUGUCUUGAUUGUACCAUACUCACAAGAACAGUUUGCACAGGUUACUGGAUACCAAACGCUCAUUGUUGGUGACAAAGCAUACCAUAUGUGUAAAUAAUGUCAAACAUAACUGCGAAUUACACCCUAACGCAUACAGACUAGAGCCUACUGUUUGUUGGAAGUGCUUUUUGCAACUACAAUAAUUCUGUCAUCCUUAAGUUUUAGAGAUAAAAAUCAAAAGGAUCAAAAUUAUUUUAAAGAGAAAACGGCUGAAAAGGUGAGAUAAUAAAUACCAAAAGUGUACACAAGAAUAAGGGCUUCUGUUUUAGAGUUUCCUUGUCAACAGUUUUUUGUCGUUUGUAUUUUGCUUAUCAGAGUCGGUUCUGGCAGUAAUGGAGGCAUUUGAGCAAAGCUUGAAGAUGAAUUCCAGAGAAGGCAUUUAUUUUCUGGAGUUUCUUGUCAUUAACUUUCUUCGCCACAGCUUGCUGCACUAACUAGAACCCAGUUACACAGACUGAUUAACAGUUCAGACAAAAAGUCAAUCAUUUUCUACGUGGUUAGACUGCAAUGGAGAGGUUUAAGGCAUUCUGAUCAACAUUUAUAAGCAGGGAUACAAUUUAUAAGGACACCUUAAGUUCACAGGGCUCCAGUUGCAAAAUCCACCUUAAGAAGUCCUUCGAUUUGGCUCUCACUGUAUACAAGUCUUAAGGGCAAGGGUUUUUUUUUAAGCUCAGUAUGCAGAUUUUGCUUGAGGGAAUCACACAGGAUGUCUUAAAGAGUCAAAAACUUAAUGUAUAAAUGUUGCAAACUGUAAUAGACCAUAAACAGUUGGAGACAAGUUUACAUAUUUGAUGAGCUGACAUCACUGAUAAGGUACUUUUCCCUGCUACAAGUCCACAAUAUUAUUAACAAUCAUAAAAUUUUGCACCUCACACAUCAUAUUUAGCUUACACUGACCAUGCCAUUAGGUAGAGUAGGUGGGUGUUGGAACUGGACCUGUGAACAGCAGUCUGGACUUGCAAGACCUGCAGCGUGGAUGGAUGAUAACUGGGGAAAUGCCCCAGUUAAAAUAUUUUGUAAAAUGUUGGUUCUAUUUGCAAACGGAUGUAAAAAAAAUAAAUAAAUAAAUAAAUAAAAUAAAAAAUGAA